CGUAUUUUUAUACGUGCACGUAUUCUCAAACGCACAGUAUUUCGCUCGAAUAGGUAUAAAGUACGUGAGGCUGUCUUUUGUAUGGAUACGCCGGCUGGUAUUUUUAUACAAAUAUAUAGAUAUAAAGGCAGCUACGACACCUUUAAAAAUGGCAGAUUCAAAGCACAGCCAUCGAGUUAAUGCCCUGCCGAUUCUUUCUCAUUGCCACCCAUUGUUAACUGUUGUUCCGAGCCUACGUUUGUAGCUCUAGCAAGUGAACUUCAAGGAUUACAACUGUGACCCGUUUCAACCACACCAAUGGCAUCGACAUCGGGGUUUAAAUUCUACCACUAUGACCCCUCAAUGGUGGCAGCCGUUAUAUUCAUAGCGGUAUUUUUUGCAACGACAUUGCUUCACUGCUACCAGCUUUUACGGACCAGAGCAUGGUUUAUGAUUCCUCUGAUAGUAGGAGGAUUCUUUGAAUGGAUCGGCUAUAUUGGCCGUGCCAUGUCGAGUCAACAGUCCCCAGACUGGACAUUAGGCCCAUACAUCAUGCAAACCCUCCUCCUCCUCGUCGCACCCGCCCUCUUCGCCGCAAGCAUCUACAUGGAGCUGAGCCGAAUCAUCCUCCUCGUCGACGGCGAGUCACACGCCCUAAUAAAGAAGAAGUGGCUCACAAAGAUCUUCGUCUGCGGUGAUGUCGCUUCAUUCCUCAUCCAAGGAGGUGGCGGCGGCAUCCAAGCUUCUGGCACCCCAUCUUCUCUUACAAUUGGCUCCAACCUCGUCGUCGGCGGCCUCUUCGUUCAACUCUUCUUCUUCGGCUGCUUCAUCGCCGUAGCCGUCCACUUCGACGUUGCCAUGCAUAAAGUUCCCACAACCCGUGCUCAGAGCAGCGAUGUGCCCUGGCGCAAACACCUUAUCGCUUUAUAUAUAGCAAGCGUGCUUAUUAUGAUCCGGUCGAUUUUCCGCGUCGUGGAGUACCUGCAAGGCUUCUCGGGGUAUCUGCUGUCGCAUGAGGUCUAUCUGUAUAUAUUCGAUGCGCUAUUGAUGUUUUGCGCUAUAGUCAUUUUCAAUGUCGUGCAUCCCAGCGAGGUGGUGGCGUUGGUGGAGGGAGGGAAGGCCGCGAAGAGGGGGUGGAAGAUGGAGAGGAUCGUGGGGUAUCAGCAGCACCAUCGUAUUGCGUCUAGCAAUUCGGGAAGAGCGUUUGUUUGAUCUUUUGGGGUCUCUGGCAAAGGCGUAGUUGUUUAUACUCAUCUGGCGCUAUUAGAGGUGGCAUAUGUAGAGCGGGAGCAAGGAAGGUUGUUGUGUGUUCGAUAGUUUUCGUGCUUAGAUUAUAGAUUUAUAGACAAUUAUUUUGGUUUUAUCGGAGGACCUGACCC